GAGACGAUGCAGUGCUCAUGUGGGGGAAUAUAAUUAUUUUUAUUUCGUAGCAAUUUUAAUAGAAGACUAUAUGUUAUUUAGUAGGGAGUAUAGAAAAAGGAAAAUGAUGAAGUGUCCUUCCCCCAACACAAGGACUUGUCUGUUAACAGCCAAUAUGGGCAGUGGUGGCGCCGACGAGGAAUGGGUCAACGCCGCCAUGACCGACGACGCUAUGGUGGUGGACCUCCUGGUGCGCCUACACCGCGCGCCGCUGGAGUGGAGCGUGCGUCAGCGGAGGUCAAAGGUUAGGAAAGCUGGGCGCAGCAGCCCCUCCACUCCCCUGUCGCUGUCCUCCUCCGCCUCCCACGACUUCAAACUCUCCACCUCAACCACAUCUAAGAGUAAUAAUGUAGAUGGUGAAAAGACCAACUCCAAGAGGUCAAGAAAAAAGAAGACUUUGGCAGAGCUCAAAGACGAAGAGAGCUCACUGCUCAAGGAAAGAAGAGAGCUAAAAAGGGAAAUGGCAGCCUUACGAAUGAAUCUGGAGAGACAAAGGGCUACACACGAGAGACUAAAGCGGAUGAAGAUUGAUCUGCAGCCAUCUCAAGAAUCAACAUCCGUAGCGGAGGAAUCAGUCUCUGGACAACAACUUCAAAUGGCAUCAACGGCUUGUGAUGCACCACCAGUUGUCUCAGGGAGUGAUGUCUGUGUGCAAUCGUCUGUUUCAAAUGCUCGUUGCAACGGGAAUGCUGAUGCAGCAUCUGGUUCUAAGUUCAUCCUCCCUGAUCUAAACGUUCCGUUUGAUGAGCCCAGCUAGCUAGACCAUCAACGGUGCACCUGUUCUCGACUAAGACAGAACAGGUACAAUAAUGAUAUUUAUACUUGAUAAAGACUAACCUCUUUUAGGACAGAGUAUUGUAGUUAUACGGUAGAAGCAGUUACCUCCAACUCGGCCCGACCAACUGCCAGUGGUUGGGAUCUAUUCUUUUUGUUUAGUUAUUACCAAUGUACUACAAGAUUGGAAAUAUUAACUGCUAGAUUAUGUCAAAUUCUUCUUCUCUUGUAGUAGUAUUUUUCUUGAGGAUUUUAUAGGUGAAAAUGUAAACUGUUUUGUGUAAGAGAUACUAUGUGUUAUGUCUUCAAAGGAAAUAUUUGUGACAGAGAAAGCCGAA